AUGGGCACCUCAGUCAUGAUUAAUCAAACUUUCACCAACAAGGGUGAAAAUGAGUCAGUGUCACUGUACGAUACUGUGAAUCACUGUUGGAACUGGGCGCUUCCAACACGCGAGCGGCAUGCUAGCAAGUCACCUGACAAAAGUGGGCAGGACUUUAGAGAGGACGAUGAAGAGGAUGAAGAACAGGAAGAAGACAAAGGAGAUGACGAGCACGAUGAUGUGACUGUCAAUGUAUAUGAGGACUCACUGGCAGACUUCGGCAAGACUUCACCUGAUGUUGGCACAGUGCCAUCAUCAACCAAUGACUCAGAUGAAAUGAACUUCACAGGGUUUUUCAACACUGUCGCUGUUGCCCUCGCUGCAGUGAAUGAAAAUCUCACCAAGUUCAAUCCCAGUGGAGUGAUAUGCACAUGGAGCGGUGUGAACUCCACACACCCAGUCAAGGAUGAGGAAAUCAAGCACAAACCCAACCUAGCCUUACUAGAUGACGUGGAGGCUAGGUGGGAUACGAUCAAAGCGAUAUGCGAGUUGACAUCCCAAAGUAUCUUUACUAAGAUGCUUCAGCCUGGCCAGCUCCAACAAUCCUCUACCUUUACUCAUCCUACCACUGGAGCUACCAAUAAUGCCACCGAAUAUGAUCCCAACCCACAGAAUCAGAGUGGUGCACCUGUUAUCCUCGAGAGUAUGCCAGUAGAAAGCACAGAUGGUCCCAUAUCAGAGGGUCCUGAGCCGUCGGUUUUGUUUGAAGAAGAUACCUUACCUGAAGAUCCUGAAGACCUCCUCCAUGAAGGUCUCCCUAUGCCCCUUCCUGCAGAUCUCCUCCUCCAGAGCCGAUCGGAAAAAUUUGGCCAAGGCCUUGUCAGUCAUGGUACUGUGUGCUACUUGACAAGGAGAGGUGACAAGGAAUAUAUCAUAAAAGAUCAUUGGGUUCUAGGAAGUAAGGAGGACAUGCUGAACAAGGUCAUCAUGUUGAACAACAUGAAGGGGGUCUAUGGCAUACCUGAGCUUAUUGAAUACUGGCUCAUCGAGAUUGCACCUGGGGAGGUCGAUGAAACAGAGAAGUAUCGCUACACAAUAAUGGAGAGUACAGAAGGUACCUUCCACACUCAUGUCCGGCUAGUUUUGAAGCCCCAUAUGCGACCAUUGCAAAUGUUUUGCACAAAGGCAGAGUUAGUAAGUGUGAUCUGGGAUAUCGUUGUCAUUCCAAAGACAGCAGUUGAACACCUUAACAACACUAUGAUCGAGGACAACAGCAAUGGCUCCCAUGGCACAUUGAUAGACUGGGAAUUUGCCAUGCAUAUUCUUCAGGGCAAUCGCUACCCUAUUGGUGGUACAGGCACAGUGCCAUUCAUGUCGCAAAAGCUUCUUCACCAACUCUUGGAUGCCAUUCCUGCGGUGUCUGUGCAGAAGAAAACUUCACAAUCAAGACCGCUGUAG